AUGUCGGCUGGUGAGACGUUGGUGAAGGUGGUGAGCCCCGGGACUCACCACCUUCCACAGCAUCUGACACAGGAGAGACUAUCCCCUACAGUUGGGAACCCACAGCAGGAGGUACAGAGGCCAAUGCACAGGCACCCGCACCGGCGCCAGCAGGAGGCACGUGAAUCUCCGCCACCACUAUCGAAGGACCUACGCCAAGGCCCACGCCACCGUCCGGCAUCACACCAGUCCCCUGCACACGAGCACCGCACACCACAGAAGGAAAAGCCCUCAGAGUCCCCAAAAUCACACACAGCAGCCCACUCACGAGGGGGCAACAUACCCCUAACUGUCCUAGAGCGUUUAGGCACAGGCCGGGAAUCAUCCGAACUGUUGCCACCAACAGGAGGCACCCGAGGAGACUGCAUCACACCGGGCAGAGUGCGAUCCCGAAGCACAGCAGCCUCGAUGACAAAGGGCACAAACCCACACUUCACAGCUGACACCGAACUGAAGAAGAGGCAGGCACAGCUGGCGGAGGCAAGGGAGCUGGCAGAGAUGAGGAAGCUGGCCGCGAGGGCAGGUCCCCUCGCACCACCACUCCCGCAUUCACACCACCAAUCGCACACUCGUCCACCCAGAGCGAGAAACUCGGCAACACCACAGGGGCAACCGACGGCAGGGAAGCCUCCCCCACCAUAA